AUGCCCGCCGGCGUGCUGGCCGCAGUGCGGUGGUCCACCGCCUGCUCGGCGCUGCUCAACGCCGCUGCCGCGUCCACCGGCGCGGCCGUCGCCGCCCUCGCGCUCCGGGGCCGCUGCGGGGGCGCGCUCGGCCCCGCAGCCGCCGCCGCGUCCGCGGCCUCCGCGGCGAGGCUCCUCGCGUCCGCCGUGGCCGGGUUCGCGCAGGGCCUGGCGGCGAGCGCGAUCGCCGCCGGCGCCAUCGGGGCGCACGUCGACAGCGACCGCGACCUCAGGCAUCUCUCGCGGCUACGAUACAAUAGAUGGCUUUGGUGGGCAAGGUUUGGGAUGGUAAUUACAGUGCUCCAAUUUGUGCUGGCACUUUAUUUGAUGUGUAUUAUUGUAAAGGAUUUCUCAUCUGGGAAGUCAUUGAAGGAGUGUUUUUCAGGACACGACAAGGACGUCAAUGACUGGAAGAACAUCUUGUUAAUGAUUUUUCUUGUUGUCAUGUGGGUGGGAACAAUAGUCCAGUGUGCCACAGGUUCUGAUGUACUAAGAUGGAGGUCCUUUUAUGCAACCCAUGAUAUUGCAUGGAGGGCUCACUAUAGGGAGGUGUUUGAUCAUGGCUUUCGUGAGGUUUUAUGUUGUCUAGGACGGGUGAAGUACUCGAGUGUACUGGAAGAUGACGAUAUAUGUGUCGUGGCAAAACUGUUGGGAGAUAUUAUGGCUUAUCGUGCAUCUGGGACUGGUCAUCUUGAGCUCAUAGCCGGGUUUUCAUUGUUGCAGAAAUCCAAGAUGUCGACAGUUCUUCCAAGAGAGCAAGUGGAAGCUCCUCCUGAUCUCAUCCAAGAGGCUAUUCUGUUUCAUCCAUUUGCUGAAGCUGCCUAUACAGGUCCGCUACUUGAUUUUGGGAGGAAUCCUCUUAUGUUUCCCUGUGUUUGGCUCAAUAGGCAAGGUAUUUUAACUCCAUGGACUCGUGCUAGACGACCAAUCCUUGAAGGAGAUAAUUGGUGGAGAGGGCAUGCAGCGGCUUUCCUAAAGUAUGUCAAUGUGCCCCCAGAAGUUCUUCGGAAAGGGCGUGUUAGCCAGACAAAACGUGAGGCUGCCUACUUUGUUAUUGUCUUACAUAACUUGAGAACAAUAGUCAUUGCCAUUCGUGGAACUGAGACUCCAGAAGAUGUUAUAACCGAUGGCUUGUGUAGGGAAUGCUCUCUUACCAUGGAUGACUUGGAUGGGCUGAUCAAUUCUGAUCAGUUGCCCCCUCAAGUGAAGGAGGCUGUCCUCUCGUCUUUUCCACACUAUGGGCAUGCAGGAAUUAUUGAAUCGGCUCGAGAAUUGUACACAAAGCUUGAAGGGCAGUCCAUUCAUCAAGAUAAGUCAGAGCUGAUGACAGCUGGGUUCUUAUCUUCGCUGCUUGGAGCUGGAUGUGAGUGUGAUGGAUACAAUAUUGAAAUUGUUGGACAUUCUUUAGGAGGUGCUGUAGCUGCACUUCUUGGUAUUAUGCUAUAUAAACAGUUUCCAAAAUUACAUGUCUUUACUUAUGGAGCUGCACCCUGUGUGGAUUUCGUGAUAGCAGAUGCAUGCUCACAGUUUGUCACCAGCAUUGUCCACAACGAUGAAUUUUCCUCGAGAUUAUCCAUGAAUUCGGUAAUUCGAUUACGUGGUGCUGCUAUCAAAGCUUUAUCAAAGGAUACUUCGCCAAAUUCUACUAAAGUUGGCAAACUAGUGAGUGGCUUCACGAGCAAUAAAAGGCAUGAUGAACAACACGCUGUGGUUCGAUGUGCUUCUUCUGGUGCUCUUCAGACAGUCAGCGAUGCAAAGCAAAGUAAUGGUCAAAUCCAUGGAAAGAGUGUAAUGCAUACAGUUAGAGGUGGUGUGUUCCUCUUUGGUCAAGCAAUAUCUUGCUUGGUAAAUACUCCCAAACAUAGAAUUAGCUCCACUGCGGCAAUUAACUAUGAGUUGGGACGAUCUAGAACAACAUUAACCUAUAAUGGUGAAAAAUUGACUGUUGCUUCGCGUGGUGUUCUGGAUGAUGCACCUUCUGGAGAACCUAGUUAUGCAUACAGAGAUGACAAGUUUUCACAAGCUGGCUUGGAUGAAUCCGGAAGUAGUUACAGGUUACCUCAUUCAAAUAAUGGUACUGAGCUCUCAUCUGCUCCGGAUCACACGUGUACAAUAAGUUUAUCUGAAGGGCAGUCGCCAGAUGUGUACCUCCCUGGCCUCAUUAUUCAUAUCGUUCCCAUAAAGAAUGGUACUUCUCCAUUGCCGAAGACACUUGUGACUCGUCACAAGAACAAGAGUUAUAAAGCAUUUAUAGCGAAUCGGCGGGAUUUUAUGGACCUUGUUGUGACCCCUCGCAUGUUCCUUGAUCAUCUCCCGUGGAGGUGUCACCAUGCCAUGCAAAGGGUUAUAGAAACACGGAAACGGAACCAGCCCAUUCUCAAUUCAUCCAGUGGAGAGGAUUCUGUCUAA